GCGGGGCUGCGCAUGCGCACCACUGGCGGCCGCAAUGGCGCUGCCGUGCUCCCUGAAUAGGUAUCUGCUGCUCAUGGCGCAAGAGCACCUGGAGUUCCGCCUGCCGGAAAUACAGUCUUUGCUUUCACUUUUUGGAGGUCAGUUCACCAAUAAUCAGGAAACUUAUGGAAAGUCUCCUUUUUGGAUUCUUACUAUUCCUUCUGAAGAUAUUGCCAGAAACUUAAUGAAACGGACAGUGUGUGCCAAGUCCAUAUUUGAACUAUGGGGUCAUGGGAAAUCUCCAGAAGAGCUGUAUAGUUCUCUCAGAAACUACCCUGUGGAGAAGAUGGUUCCAUUUCUACAUUCAGAUUCUACAUAUAAAAUAAAGAUUCACACAUUCAACAAAACAUUGACACAAGAAGAAAAAGUCAAACGAAUAGAUGCUCUUGAGUUUCUGCCAUUUGAAGGAAAAGUAAAUUUAAAGAAGCCACAGCAUAUAUUCUCUGUUUUGGAGGAUUAUGGUUUGGACCCCAACUGCAUUCCUGAGAAUCCACAUAAUAUUUAUUUUGGUAGAUGGAUUGCAGAUGGACAAAGAGAGCUUAUAGAGUCAUACAGUGUCAAAAAGAGACACUACAUUGGAAAUACAAGCAUGGAUGCUGGUUUAUCAUUCAUCAUGGCCAACCAUGGAAAAGUAAAGAAAAAUGAUAUUGUCUUUGAUCCAUUUGUGGGAACAGGUGGCCUUCUGAUAGCAUCUGCUCAUUUUGGAGCGUAUGUAUACGGGACAGACAUAGACUACAACACAGUUCAUGGCUUGGGAAAGGCUAGUAGGAAAAACCAGAAAUGGAGAGGACCAGAUGAAAACAUUAGGGCAAAUCUCCGUCAGUAUGGGUUAGAGAAGUAUUACCUUGAUGUUCUGGUUUCUGAUGCAUCCAAACCUUCCUGGAAGAAGGGCACAUAUUUUGAUGCAAUCAUCACUGAUCCUCCAUAUGGUAUCAGAGAAUCGACAAGAAGAACAGGUUCACAGAAGGAAAUCCAGAAGGGGAUAGAAAAAUGUCCAGAAAGCCAUGUUCCUGUUUCCUUGAAUUAUCAUCUGAGUGAUAUGUUUUUUGACCUGUUAAACUUUGCAGCUGAGACCCUCACAUUAGGUGGAAGACUAGUCUAUUGGUUACCAGUAUACACACCAGAAUACACUGAAGAGAUGGUACCCUGGCAUCCUUGCCUGAAACUUAUUAGCAACUGUGAGCAGAAGCUUUCUAGUCAUACAGCAAGGCGCUUGAUAACAAUGGAAAAGGUGAAGAAAUUUGAGAACCAGGACCAUUAUUCACAUCUGCUAAGUGAUCAGUUUCUGCCAUACCAAGGUCAUAAUUCCUUCCGUGAGAAAUAUUUCAGUGGGAUAACAAAAAGAACUGCCAAAGAAGAAAAAUCUAGCCAGGAGUGAAAAUUAAGAUUUUGACAAUGAAGAAAGAAUAAGGAUUUCAUAAAAAGGACAUCUGGAUGUGAACUUACAUGUGUGAUUCAGAAAACAUGCACUGUUUUAAAUAAUUUUAUAUAACAAAAAAAUGCUACAAAGUAAAUUGAACAAUUCUUUUAAAAUCA